AUGGCGACGCCUUCGCAGAAGAGGAGCACCCGUAGCGGGGCUUCGGGGACCCCCUUGUCCCCUACCCGUAUCACUCGCUUGCAGGAGAAGGAGGAUCUGCAAGAGCUCAAUGACCGCUUGGCCGUCUAUAUCGACAAGGUGCGCUCGCUGGAGCUGGAGAACGCCGGCUUACGGCUCCGCAUCACCGAAUCGGAGGAGGUGGUGAGCCGUGAGGUCUCCGGCAUCAAGGCUGCCUACGAGUCGGAGCUGGCGGAUGCCCGCAAGACCUUGGAUUCGGUGGCCAAGGAGAGAGCUCGGCUGCAGUUGGAGCUCAGCAAAGUCCGGGAGGAGCACAAGGAGCUGAAAGCCCG